AUACGGAGAUUGAUUUAUUUGCAGAUCGUGCAAAGCAAUGGGUUAAAGAUUUUAGCCAACCAACAAUAGAAACAAUGAAUUCACCAAAUCAACGACAAGAAAUGUAUUCAAAAAAAAAUGUAAUGCCAUAUAUGCAUAUGCUAACUCAACAUAUACCUAAGUUUAUGCGUAGUUUAAAAAAUCAAGGAUUAUCAUUGCGUCUAUUUUCAACAUCAAGCCUUGAAAAAAAAAAUCACGAACAU